AUGGCAGAAGCAUUACUCAAAGAAAACAUAUCUCGAGCUGUUGAAAUAGAAAAAUUUAAACCAAAUUAUUUUAUUCAAGAAAUAAUACGAAAAGAGAAAAAAAAAAAUAAUUCAAACGAUAAUUUCAUCGUUAAAACUAUAAACAUCGGGGAAAUGAAAAAAAGUGAAAAUGCAAUUAAAAACGAUGAUAAUUAUUUUAUAAGAAUUAAAUUAGACGUUAAUGAAAAAUGUGAUGAUGACGUCAAUGAAAUUUUUAUAGAUUGUAAAUCAAAAACUUUAAUAAAAACAAAAAACGACGAAAUCGAUAAUUUAAUUGUAAUCGAUGAAAACACUCGAGAAUUAGAUACGGCGUUAAAAUUAAUACACGAAAUCGAAAACAACGUAAUCAAAGUUAAAUUGAGCGACGCCAUUUUGAUUUUACCCGAUUUGGAAUCGGAAUUGAGAAAACAUUUACAAAAUAAAAUUAAAAAUAUGUCCGAUAAAGGUUCUCUUAUUGAUAAUAUCGUUUCCGAUGAUUUUUUAUCAUCUACGCAAAACUUCUACGAGAAUAUUUAA